CUUAGAAGCGAGAGAGAGCAAACAAGCGAGCGAGCGAGAGAGAGAGAGAGACCAGAUAUCUAAAACAACUGUUUUGCUUCUCCAAGAGACAACCUCUCUCUCCCUGUCUCGACGACGCGCAUUCUGAAUUUCAUACAUUCAUUGUCUGUUUUGCCGUUUUGAAAGAUGCCUCUACUGAAAAAGAAGCCACAUAAACUACUGGAGCCACCGAAGAACUUGCAGCCACAUGAACUUGUUUAUCAAGUUCGUUUCACUAAGGAGAUUUUCCGAGACUAUCAAAUGUACUUGAAGAGAAUGAAUCUGUAUCGCCAGCGAGUUUGGACAUGUAAAUCUACUGGGAAAACUAGUUUGACCUACGAGGAGGCCUUGGAGUCAGAAAAACUGGCAAACAAGAAGGUUCAAACUCUGCCCAGAGAGCUAGUUGCUCCUGCUUUACGUAUCAUCCAAUUCAGUACACUAUCAUUGAAAGAUCUUGCUGACAAAAUAGUGGCCGAGUUGCAAAACUGCUUUUUCGCUGGUGCUGAGCUGUGUGGAAACAGGGAUGGAGAAUCUCAUCCCUGCAGAAUUUUGAAUAUAGUAACAGAUGGGGAUAAUGAACCUCAGUAUGAGGUAGGCUUCCUUGACAAAGACAAGGAAAUAAAUGAGAAGGUAGUUCUGUCUGGGGAGGAUCUUUCAUGGAAGAAGUUUCCAUUUAGUAGAAAUUUUCUCAAGUCUUUCAUUCGGGAGUCCACAUGUCACAGUAUACCUUGGGUGGUUAAUGAAUAUCUGGCUAAAGCGCAUGGAAUCACUAGAAAUAUUCCCAAGGAACUUCAGAACAAGUAUGUCUUUCAGAAUGGUGAAAUGGUUCAGCAAAGAAAGCAGGAAGAUAAAACCGGAAGGGAAAAGGGAAAAAGAAAGAGAGCAGAAGAUGGUAACCAUGUUGCAGAGGAGACAGAUAAAGAGGCUAAUGACUCCGGGGAAGAGCCUAUCAACUAUCCAAUUGAAGAUUUACUGUUGCCACAGGAACCUGAUGAUGCUAAUAUCACUCAGCGUCCUUCUCCCUCGCGGGAUUUUAGUGUUUCAAUUGAUUGUGUCGGGGAUCUUCUUAUGGUCUGGGACUUCUGUUCUUCAUUUGGUAGGCAGCUGCAUCUAUGGAGAUUUUCUCUUGAGGACUUAGAAAAUGCUGUCUGCCACAAGGAGAGUAAUUUGGUUCUUAUGAUGGAAGUGCAUGCCUGUCUUUUCCGGUUCCUUAUCAAUGAAGGCGAUGAUACUUUCAAAGCUUUAAAGAGAAGGAGUCGCAAGUCAAAGAUAACGUUGAUCACAUGGACAGAGUAUUUAUGUGACUUCUUGGACUCUGUUGACAUCCCUGAUCUGUGCUGUGACAUUGGAACGAUCAAACGGGGACAUUAUGGUCUACUAGACCCCAAUGUAAAACUGAAAAUCCUAAGGGAGUUAGUGAACCAGAUAGCUGAAACAAUGUUGUUUAAGGGUGAAGUAGAAGAGCUUCUUGAAAAACGGCAUGCCCUUGGAGCUGCCAGAAGAGAAGAAGCAUUGGCGGAAGCCAGACAUAAAAGAAAAGAGAAAGAACGCUCCAAAAAUGGCGAGGAAGCUGAAGUUUUGGCCAAUAGUAAGUUAGGGAAAAAGAAAAACAGCGCACAAGUAGUUGAAAGCAGCGAAGACAGCAAAAUGAAAGAGAGCAGUGAGGGGGAAAUUAAGAUGGAAAACGGGUCUGUUUCUUCAGAAAAACCUGAAAAGUCAGAGAAAAGGCUUAUGGGAAAUGUCUAUCUGAGAAGGCACAAAAAGCAGAUGACGGAUACAAAAAGCACAUCAAAGGAGAAGGUGGAGGAGGAAGAAGAGGAGGCGGAAUCAGACGAGGGAGAAGAGGAAGAGGAAGAGGAGAAGCAGGGAGGAAAAUCAUCAAGUGAAGAUGAGAAAGGAAUAGAAAUGAGGGGUCCCGAACAGAGGAGGCAAUAUUAUGAACGAGAGAUGGAGAAAAUAGUCAUACGUACAAACCCUUUGGGUAAAGAUCGGAACUACAACAGGUACUGGUGGUUCCGAAACAAUGGGAGGAUAUUUGUUGAGGAUUCCGAUUGCAAAGAAUGGGGAUAUUAUACCUCCAAGGAAGAGCUCGAUGCUUUGAUGGGAUCACUAAACCGUAAAGGAGAGAGGGAACUGUCAUUACAUAUGCAGCUUGAGAAAUUCUAUGACAGGAUAUGCUCUACACUACAAAAGAGGGCCAAAGACAUUGCUCACAACAUAGAAAUGGAAGAAGCAGUGGUGAGGAGAUCGAGCCGUGUAAAAGCUCCACUUCAUGAAAAUCCAGCUAGUGCCUUCCAGAGAUAUGUUAACAAGUGGAAAGAGGACUAAACAUAAGAAAAGCUUUGCAGUUGCAGCCAUAACUGAAAUUACCCACUUCUGGCAUGCCUUGUCUCGUUUUUCUUUCUGGUUCCUUUAGGAUUGGUAGGAGCCUUACAACUUACAAAAAGAAAAGGAUAGUCUUUUCGUAUGGGAAAGAUGGUGUUGGGUUUUUGUUUUUUCUAUUGCCAUUCAUCAUCUUCUGUGACAUACACUUUGCCGGAUAAAUAGAAGUUUAAUUACUCUCCCCA